CAGACAGUCACUGUGACUGAGAGCAGAAAUGGAGCAGAGUCAGCUAAACCGAGAGACUUUCUCCUGUUCAAUCUGUCUGGAUCUACUGACGGAUCCAGUGACUACUCCCUGUGGACACAGCUACUGUAUGAACUGUAUUAAAGGUCACUGGGAUGAAGAGGAUCAGAAAAGAAUCCACAGCUGCCCUGAGUGCAGAGAGACCUUCAUACCAAGGCCUGUUUUGAAGAAAAACACCCUGCUAGCAGCUUUAGUGGAGCAGCUGAAGAAGACAGGACUCCAAGCUGCUCCUGCUGACCACAGUUAUGCUGGACCUGAAGAUGUGGCCUGUGAUUUCUGCACUGGGAGAAAACUGAAAGCCAUCAAGUCCUGUUUAUUCUGUCUGGCCUCUUUCUGUGAGAAACACCUUCAGCCUCAUUUUGAUUCAGCUGCAUUCAAGAAACACAAGCUGGUGGAGCCGUCCAAGAACCUCCAGGAGAACAUCUGCUCUAAGCAUGAUAAGUUGUUGGAGGUCUUCUGCCGCACUGAUCAGAAGUGUAUCUGUUAUCUCUGCACUAUGGAUGAACAUAAAGGCCAUGAAACAGUGUCAGCUGCAGCAGAAAGGACUGAGAGGCAGAGAGAGCUGGAGGAGAGACGAGGAAACAUCCAGCAGAGAAUCCAGGACCAGGAGAAAGAUGUGAAGCUGCUUCAACAGGAGGUGGAGGCCAUCAAUCGCUCUGCUGAUAAAACAGUGCAGGACAGUGAGAAGAUCUUCACCCAGCUGAUCCGUCUCCUCCAGAAAAGAAGCUCUGAGUUGAAGCAGCAGAUCAGAUCCCAGCAGGAAACUGAAGUGAGUCGAGUCAAAGAUGUUCAGGAGAAGCUGGAGCAGGAGAUCACUGAGCUGAAGAGGAAAGACGCUGAGCUGGAGCAGCUCUCACACACAGAGGAUCACAACCAGUUUCUCCUCAACUACCCCUCACUGCCAGCACUAGUGAGUCUACACACUCAUCCAAGUCCAGACCAGAUUCACUGA